UCAGCUGUGAUCGUGUACGAAAGAGGUGUGGGGUGCUGUACGAAGUGUACUGGUGAUGCUGACCUCCAGAGGGAAGAGAAAGUGAAGAUGGGAAGGAUGCUGGAGGCGCUGACGGUGUCUAGUGGCCAGCAGGUGCGCCGCAGGGCAGUGCUCCAGCCCUCACCAGAUGGCAUUUAUCCUUUAUCGCACAACCAUUAAGAAUGUCGCUAUUAAUGCUACUACAAGUAUUCACAAGAAGACUGGCAAAGAUCGAGAGCGAUAUGAGAUUACACGUGCGACUCAGGAUGUGGGUGGGCCUUGCUUCGGCAUAUGUGCUUUUCAUGGGAUUUAUUCACUUGUUCCAUGUUCCCUUAAGAUCAAAUGCACUUCACUCUCACUAUGACUUGUCGGGUGAAGGUGUUUUUGCAAAGCAUCGUGCAGCUGUGAAGAAGGAGGCAGAGAAAUAUGCUCAAGCUGCUCUGAAGGAUGACACUUCUGGUAUGGAGGCUGCUAAACAGAUAUCCUUGCUGACAGAUACCUUUAAAAAAGCAGACAGCAACACUGACGGCUUCUUAGAACUAUCGGAAUUGUCCUCAUGGAUUACUAAAAAGAUCAAGGAACAUCUCACCUUAGCACUCAAAGAAAACUUCUUCAUGUUCACUGCAAUUGAUCAAGACCCAAGGAAUGGUGUUGUGUCUUGGGAUGAAUACCAUAGGUACUUCCUAAAGCAACAUGGCUAUGAUAAUAAGUACAUUGAGAAACAUAAGAAAGACCACAAAGGAAUGUCUAGAGAGCUUAAAGAAGCCAUCAUGAGAGACAAGGCAGCCUGGUCGGAAGCUGCCCGUGACAAUCCCGACCAACUGACCAUUGACGAGUUUUUGGCCUUUAGGCAUCCAGAGUCUUCCCAUGCAACUAUCUUGAGCAUUGUUGAGGAAACCAUUGCUAGACUGGAUGCCGAUAAUGAUAACAGAUUAAGUGAGGAUGAGUUUUCAGAUCCAGACAUGAAUGAAGUACCUGAUGACAUGACAGUAGAGCAGUACAAGAAUGAUCGCCUCAAGGAAUUUAAAAUUGCUGAUGAAGACAACAAUGGCAAGAUUGAUAGAAGAGAAUUAUUGAGGUACAUAGAUCCACGUAAUAUCCAUCAUGCAGAGAAGGAUGCGAUUAAUCUACUGAGCGCCGCAGACAACAAUCAAGACGGCGUUCUCUCGCUAGUCGAGAUUCUCGCCCAGAGAGAACUGUUUAUGAGGAGCAAGAUGGUAGAUGCAGCUAAGAGUUUCCAUGAUGAAUUCUGAUUUGUUGUGUUGAUCACAGUGGUACCUGCAAUAAUGGAGUUUAUUGACAUGUUAAUAUUUAAUAUAAAUGUUUGUUUUAUUGUAUGCACCAUAUAAAUAUAGUACAUCAUGCUGUACUCAUCUGUUAAAUGCACUGUUUGUCAGUACAGUAUGUACAGUAUAGUCCUGAGUACUUACAUAAUUCAUUAAUGCAUAGACUGAGAUCAUUCCAUAGCUUGUAAUACUUUUAUAUUUAUUUUUGUUUUUGUAAAUAAUUUUAUAUUUUUAUAUUUAUCUAUAUUAAGUGUUAUUGUAUUAAUCAAGUUACUCAUCAGGAUCUACACACAGCGUGAUUUUGACACAUCUUUCUGAGAGGGGAACCCCCCCCCUCCCUCAGUGGCUCCCUGAGGUUAUCUUUGGUUCCAUCGAGCACAAACCUAAUACACAAGGCCUCCGUGUCCCUUUCAUCACCUACCGGGAGCCAGGACCAGAAUCUGGUUCAUUCUUAAGAGGGUAUUGGAGAUAAACCACAAGACUAGGGAAAUUAGGCACCCCCUAGGUAAACAAAGUAAAGUAUCGUUGUCGCUGGAUAAGUGCCGAAAGUGUGAUGUGUCUGACCACCGCAAGAUGACAGGUUAGGUUACCCGAGGUCUCAUCAAGCCUGCUCCCUCACUCUUCUUCCAGGUGUCUGAUGCUGGGCUCAUCACCUGCUUUCAUUUGCAGCCAAGUAGUGUUAGCUUUCCUCUAAUUAUUAUGUACUGCCAGGGGGCCAUUGCUUUAUUUGGUUUUGUUAAUACAGUACUACUUCAUUUUUGUGUUUAUGCCUCUCAUAUUUUGUGUCCCUUUUAUUGUGAUCCCAGAUCCGGGACCUCCUGUGUCAUCUGUCAUGAUCCUGGUCGGGGACCCAAAAUUUGUUCAUGUGACCCCACUUGGCUCCUGACCUCAUGCUAAGGCUGCAACUAAAGUCAUCACUUCCCCCCCCCCCCCCCCGUGUCACCCAAAAUUACAGGGACCCUAAUAACUUCCCCAAGGACCGGCAUAACCAUUCAUUGUCUCUGGAGGAUGGUAGAGCGAGGGGUGCAAUGAAGCCGUACCAACCCGUGAUCAAUACACACCAGACGCAGCCCUUGCUCCUAUAUGGUCAGGGUGUGCACUCCCUCACUCAGUGCCAUGGAAUAGACUUGUGCUCACCUGCUCCACCUAAAUACAGCCAUCAGUUAAUUUGAAGAGACUAGGAUACCCCUUAAUUCUUUGACCCACUCCAACUUGGGUCUCCUCUACAAUUAUUGUCAACACCACAAGUUUGUGGUGUUGGCAAACCAGGUAUAUUCCUGGUUUGUCUCAAGCCUGUAGACUGGAGGUACCUCUGAUAUGUUGUUGUUGUUGUUUGAGGGGCGAUGAUGAUCGAGAGAUCUGGUGCACCUAGUGUCCCCUUUGUCCGACCGUCCAACCACUUGGACGGUCGGGGAUUGAACACCGACCUGCAGGAAAUGAGACUCUGGGCCUGGUUGAAGAGAGAGAUGGGUCUUUGAGCACUGGUGUGUUGGGUUCAGGUUUGGUGGGACCAAAGAUAGGUUUAAAGAGCCACCAGAAAAAGUGUGUUCAUUACAUUCCAUGCUUGAUUUUUAUGCAUCUUUUUAUACCACAUCUAUACUACAUGUGUGUGUGUAAAUUAUGUUUCACUUUUAUUUUAUCCUAAUUGUGACAACUUUCUGCACAUAUUUACAUGAAUUUUAUGAAUACAUUUUCAUAUAGCUAGUCUUUCCUUCUCUCUUCCACACAACUGAAUUAUUUCAGUUUUAGAAUUGACUUUUCACCAGCCAGUUAUCUCAAUAUAUUCUAUGAUUGUACUGUACUGAAAGUUAACUUUUCAAAUGUAUCCUAACUAUGUAUAGUAUACUAUCAAUUGCUUAUACUAUACUAAGAGAGGUCUGCUGGAGUAGUUAUUAUUAUUCUCUUGAGGAGCCAGACAUUUUGGUUGGGAUUAAUAGAAUUAUAUAACCAGUUUAUUUUCUGCAUGAAGCAGCUGAUGUUUGUUAAGGUACUGAAAAUAGAGUUAUUAGCGUAUUGCUUCCUUCCUCUUUCACCCAAAGAGAAUUAAAGUUAAAUGGUAGAUCUGCCAAGAGCUUAAAUAUAUACUAUACCUGCCUCUGAAUACUCUGAUGUCUUGCAACUCAUUUCAUAAUUUUUACGUAGACUUUAAGAUCAAACAUAAUGUAAAGGAACCCUUACAGCCUUUAAUAAUUUCUUAUACUGUAAUUCCUUUUCUGUGGGGAGCCACGUAGGCUAUGUGGCUCGCCUAGAAAAUAGCGCUUCAUUACAUGCAACGCUGGUUUUUUAAUGUCCCACAACAUGGAUGUUGCUAAAUAGUCUUCCUGGCUUGGUACCUUCUUUUGAUAAUUACUUAAUUUGAUUCUGUUGCAAACAAAAAAUUAUUGUACAACUUUUUUCCCUUACAAAAAAAAUUCUCUAACUAGUCUCAACAUUCAUGCUUCCCUCUAACAUAAUUAUUUUUUAUAAUACCAUGCAUGUACUACAAUUAAAACUACCCAUGAGACCACAUCUGUGUGGAGAAUAAAAUGAUUCUUUCUCGUCGAAGUUUCUUUUCUUUGCUUGUACUCGCUGCUGCUGCUGCUGCUCUGUCAAUUGGUGAUCUGCUCUAUUUUCUUAACCUUCACAUUGUCCUCGCUAUGAUUGCCAUUUUCCCAUCAUCUGGCUUUAUUUACCAUUUGCCUUGCUAGUGGUUUCGUCCUUUUUUGUUUCCUUAUUUCAACACUUUUUCUUUCUCAAUUGAAUAUACUUUACAAGAAUGGUUUUCAUUCUUUGGAUGGUACUUUGGUAAAGUACCAUACAGUUUAUAGAUGAUUUAUAAUUUACAGAAAGAUGUUAAGUAAAUAAGACACUACUUCCAUG